UGUGCACCUAAUAUUUGACUAUCUUCUCGUUGUGAAGACUAAAGAUGAAGUCCUUGUCUUCUUUGUUUAAAUAUUCAUCACCAACUCAGGAUCUAAAAGGGGACGAGGAGGGAAUUAACGGCGAGGAUUGUGAUGUUGUAAGGGAGGGUUUUGAUUACGGACAAAACGGUGACGGGGUUGCGGAUGAGAUUGACGGAGCCAAAGUUAGAUGGGGCGCGGCUGGUGGUCUGGAGGAGAGUGGUGACGAGGACUUCAGAAGGGGGGAUCUUCUGGAGGUCGGACGAGGAGAAAUACUGGAGGAGGACGUGGUAGCGGAGGAGGUCGGCAAGGGAGGAUUGAGACAGGCGGUGGGUGAGGUCGGAGGAGGAAGCAAGAUAGGGGUUGGGGACGGCAAGGAGAGUGAGGGAAUUGCGGUGGUUAAGGUCUGCGGUGACAAAAGUGGAUGAUAAAAGAGAAGAGAAUGAGGAGAGGUUUUGGUAGGAAGAGAGGAGGGUGGUGAUGUCUAUGGUGGCGGUAGAGGAGGAGGAGGAGGAUGAGGAGAGUAUGAGUAGGAAAGUGAAUAUGAGUGUGAGAGAGGUAAUACGGCCAGUAAAAAAUGGAAAGGCCAUGUCUGCUUUGUCACCGAAGGAGGAGAGAGUUUUGAUUUUUUUGAAGCAAAAAGGGAAAGAAGGUGGGGAGAGGAGUGGGUGGGAGUGAAAUGGCGAUCUGGGUUUCUAGAAAGGAACUUGCUUUUCCAACUCGUUAUUCAGGGGUAAGUGCACACACACGCCGGUGGAAGUGAAUUCCGGUUCAUUUUGACACGCCGUGGUCGGUUGGAGAAGAAUUGUAGAUGGGAUUCUCUGAACCAAACUGUAGUUUUUGUUUGUACUUUGUACUCUUAUUACAGUUGUAGAAAGGAACUUGCUUUUCCAACUCGUUGUUCAGGCGUAAGUGCACACACAGCCGGUGGAAGUGAAUUCCGGUUCAUUUUGACACGCCGUGGUCAGUUGGAGAAGAAUUGUAGAUGGGAUUCUCUGAACCAAACUGUAGUUUUUGUUUGUACUUUGUACUCUUAUUACAGUUGACUACCAUACACUUGGUAUCUGUUUCAUACAUCAAGACAUGCAAGUUUUAGAUACGCAUGAUGUAAUAAUUAUUUUUAUUUUUG